UAAAACGGACAACUUUCAAACUGAUACCCAAUCGACCAUUGCAUACAAAAAGUAGAUCCCUGUUUUAACGUAGUUACGCCCAUCUGUCCUAAUUAACCUAACCUCACUUUAUUACAAAAAUUCUUUAUUAUUAUGGCUAGUAAUAACACCUCUGCAGUUUUAGAUAUAGUGACUGAGAGCAAGGAAAUUUCAUCAAUUUUAAAAGAUCACAAAGAUUACGACCGCUCAAGCAUAUGUAGCGGCUCAACAAUUGAUAAUUCUCUUGUGCAAUCGCCUAGUUUGGAAAGUUUUUCAACAAUCCAAGAUAUAGAAAAUUUAUCCGAGCUAAAUAUGGAUGAAAAUUCCGACUUGAGUGUUAAAAUUGACAAUCCUCAGAAACAUCUAGAGACGCUUGAAACGUAUAUAACCUUCAGGAUAACAACAAAAGUUGCACGUAUUGAAUACUCAGAAAACGAAUACGUCGUUCGUAGACGCUAUAACGAUUUUAUUUGGUUGCGUCAGAAGUUAACUGAAUGUCACCCUUUUUGUAUAGUCCCUCCACUGCCGGGCAAGCAUUCACUCAUAGGCCAAUUAGAUAGAUACUCAAAAGAUUUCAUAUUGUUAAGGAUGAAAGCUUUAAAUAUCUUCAUUUCGCGAAUUGUUAAUCACCCGAUUUUAAGCUGCAAUGAAUAUUUUAAAACGUUUCUAACAGCUAAACAACCAGACUUCAAUUUACACCGCCGACAACGAACCAACUCAGAGAACAAAAUCCGUACUUUAAGCCAUUCCAAUUCAACUCACAGCGCACUGAAAAACCGACACUUAGAGUUUGAUAAAACCAAAACGUACUUGAACGUAUUAUCAGAGAAGCUAUCCUCAAUUGAAAAAAUUUCUAGUCGUAUUAAUAAAGAACGUAUCGAUUUUAUUGUAGAGCUAAACAGUUACCACCCGAUUUUCACAACGUGGGCCACUACCGAACCCGAAUUGGCCACGAUUUUGCAAAGUAUCGGCAAUGCCGUUGAGCGCAAUACUGCAGCACAAAAUAUGCUAGUCCAAAGUUACCCCACUGUCAUUGGUAACCCAAUCCGAGAUUUUCUAACUUAUAUUGAAGUAGUGCAAGACACCAUAAAGAAGCGCGAAGCGUAUCAGUACGCCUAUGAGAACUCCUUAGACGAAUUAAAUAAGCGUCAUAGCGAGAAAGACAAGCUCAUCGCUUCUUCACAUAAUCCGUCCCAAGCUUCCGGUUUUUCGCUCUGGAAACAACCAAGUUGUGACGAAAAACUGGAAAAGUUAGGUGUUUACAUUCCACAGUUGCUUAAAAAGGUUGAAGCCAAUCAGGACAGUCUAGAGUGUGCUAAUGAGUCUCUAAGGAGCGACAUUGAACACUGGCAGCUUGAAAAACAACAAUGUCUUAGAAAGGUUUUGCUAGAUUUUGUUAAUAAGCAAAUUGAGUACUACCAAGCCACUGUCAACGCUUGGGAGCAUGUCUCCAAUGAAAUUGCACCUCAAAACAAUGUGGCUGUAUCCAAAUGAUAUAAAAAGUACUUGUUGUAGAUCUCAUUGUACAUUCCUAAAUUAUUUAAACUUAAUUUAAUAUAUUAUUAUAUUUAAUAAAUCUCUCAAUUCAA